AUGAAAGAGCUCGAGAAACUCGUACGCAUCCAUGGAAGAGAUGUCAUGAUCCCAUGGCCACAGAUCGGACGCAGUAAGGAAACCAGAAAUGGAUUCCUAUCUGAUAACAUCUUUGUGGGAAUUAUCAAUUCGAAGGAAGAAAUCUUUCUGGCUUGGAUAUCUAUUAUUCAAGGGUGGUUGGGGGAUUGA